UGCGUCACGCUUGCCGCGUAACCAGGGGCAGCGGGAGUCGGGCCGGGCUGUCCAGGGGCGGGGGCCGGUAUCGGGCCCGUGGGCCAUUCUCUGGGCCUCGGCGCAUCAGGACGCUCGACUCCGCCGGAGUUGUAGCUGUGAACUGGAGAAACCAUGGGCUAAAUGUAUGUAAAUCUAUUGGCAAGAUGGGAACAGCAUCUUCACUGGUUGGUCCAAAUGAAGUAAUUGAAGACACUGAUGGUGGUGGUGGAGAAGCUUGUGAGAUUCCAGUGGAAGUCAAACCCAAGGCCAGGCUGCUGCGUAGCUCAUUUAGACGAGGUCCACGUGUAAUUGGUGCAAGCUUUAAAUCAACAGCUUCUGUUGACCUUGAAUAUGCUGCAGAAUAUGAGCGACUCAAGAAGGAAUAUGAAAUCUUUCGUGUCAGUAAAAAUAAUGAAAUUUCCUCCAUGCAGAAAAGGGAAACUAAGCUUGACAAGGAAAAUAAAAGGCUGAGGGCAGAGCUGCAGGCACUCCAGAAAACCUACCAGAAGAUACUUCGAGAGAAAGAAAGUGCACUUGAGGCAAAAUAUCAGGCCAUGGAAAGAGCUGCUACGUUUGAACAUGACAGGGAUAAAGUAAAAAGGCAGUUUAAGAUUUUUAGAGAAACCAAAGAGAAAGAGAUUCAAGACCUGUUACGAGCUAAACGCGAGUUGGAAGCAAAAUUCCAAAGGCUGCAGGCUCAGGGAAUUCAGGUGUUCGAUCCAGCCGAACUCUGACUCAGAUGACACCAUACCGAUGUCACGGCUACAGGCACUCAAUGUGAGUACUGGAGUGGUGGCGUCCUAGGAAGUGAGCCAUCAAUGGGCAGCAUGAUACAGCUUCAGCAAACGUUCCGAGGUCCAGAGUUUGCACAAAGUUCAAUCGAUGUAGAAGGACCUUUUGCUAAUGUUAACCGAGAUGAUUGGGAUGCUGCUGUUGCAAGUUUACUGCAAGUCACACCAUUUCUUCCUCGGACCCUUUGGAGCAAUACUGUGCGUUGUUAUCUUAUGAAUACUGCAGACACACAGCUGGAAGUAGACAUUUUUCUCCAUGAAUACCUACCAAAGCUGCAAACUAUUUGUGAGAGCCUUGGGCACUUUUUCAUAAUACAUUUCCCAGUGGAGAACUCAAAUCAAUGUGUAAUGGAAAGGAGGUGGGAAAUUGAGAAAAGUUCCUUGUGUCUUUUCUUCGUGGCUGCUGCUUUGCCCAGCUGUAUAGAAGAGGACUGUGAUGAAUGUUUCCUGAAGAAUGCUGAGACCAGACCUUUGGUAAUAUACCACAGACUGGUGGAGAGUGGUGGCAGUUCAGAGGCAACGCUCCAAUUGAUCAGCAAAGUUUCUGAUGCAAAUCAUUCCCAAAGAGCAAAGAUCAUUGAGCAUGAUGGAAAUGCAGAGGAGGGAGCAAAAAAAGUGUUUUCUCAAAUAGAAAAGAUAAUCAAACAGGAAUUAUUGGGUUGGGAAAGCACAGAUCUCGAAAACAAAGAUUCCGGAAUUGAAGAUGACUCCACUAACUGGGAAGAGGAAGACUUUGGAGAUGCAAUAUGGGACAUGCAUGAAGAACAGGAACAACUGGAAGCUUUUCAAGCUGCAAUUGAAUCAACCUGUGAACUGGGAUUUGAGAAGUAUUAUGAACGUCUGAAUGAUCUGGUGACGGCUCCUGCACCUAUACCUCCACUUCUUGUAUCAGGUGGUCCAGGCUCUGGAAAAUCCCUUUUGCUAUCUAAAUGGAUUGAACAUCAGCAGAAAUGUUCCCCAAGCACUUUAAUUUUAUAUCAUUUUGUGGGAAGGCCUUUAACCACCAGUUCUGAGCCGGCAUUAAUAAUUAAAAGACUCACUGUGAAGCUGUUGCAGCAUUCCUGGUCCGUGUCUGCCCUUACACUGGAUCCAAGUAAGUUACUGGAAGAGUUUCCUCGAUGGUUGGAGAAAUUAUCUGCACGCCACCAAGGCAGUAUCAUCAUUAUCAUUGACUCCAUUGACCAGAUUGAGCAAGCUGAACGACACAUGAAGUGGUUAAUUGAUCCAUUGCCUGUCAAUGUGAGAGUGAUUGUUUCUGUAAAUGUGGAAACUUGCCCCCAAGCCUGGAGGUUAUGGCCAACGCUUCACCUUGACCCACUGAGUCCGAAGGAUAUCAAGGCUCUGAUUAACAUGGAAUGCCAUCGUGCUGAUGUGAAACUAACUAGAGAGCAGGAGAAGAAGCUGGAGAAACAUUGUAGAUCUGCGACUACGUGCAAUGCCCUAUAUGUUACACUUCUGGCCAAAAUGAUCACAUGUGUCAAAGGCCUUGGAAAUGCAGACAGUAUUCUCCAACAAUGUUUUCAAUGUCAGGACACAGUGUCCUUGUAUAGGCUUGUGCUACAGUCUGUACAGCAACCUCUGCCUAGUGAUGGGGACAAACAGCUAAUGCAGGAGAUUCUGUGUCUAAUCUAUGUGAGUCACAAUGGUGUGAGUGAAGGUGAACUUCUGGAGAUUUACCCUGAACUUCAUUGGCCUACAUUGUCCUCUGUUCUUCAUAGCUUGCAGAGUACAUGUGUGCUAACACAGAGCUGUGGUCUGCUAAAGUUUCAGCAUCUUCAGGCAUGGGAAGCAGUGAGAUUGCAGUAUAUGGGAAAAAAAGAACUGGAUUCUGUUACAGUAUACAGAGAAAAACUGGUGCAAUAUUUUUCACAUCAGAUGAGUCAGGGCAAAGUAACUUGGCGUGGUGUGGAUGAACUUCCCUGGCUCUUCCAGCAACAGGGAGAUAAGCAAAAGCUGCACAGCUGUCUACUGAACCUCUUUGUCUCUCAGAAUCUGUACAAGAGAGGCCAUUUUGCAGAGCUGCUUUCUUAUUGGCAAUACGUGGGAAUGGAUAAAAAUUCCAUGGCUGCUGCUUACUUCGAGUCUUUAAAGCAGUAUGAGAAAAGCUGUGAAGGAGAGGACAUGAUUGUGCGGUUGGCAGAUCUUUACGAGACACUUGGACGCUUUUUGAAAGACUUGGGCCUUCUGAGUCAGGCUGUUGCACCAUUGCAACGUUCUCUGGAGAUCCGAGAGAGUGCAUUAGACCCAGAUCACCCCAGUGUUGCUCAGUCCUUGCAUCAGCUCGCAAGUGUGUAUGUACAGUGGAAGAAGUUUGGAAAUGCAGAGCAGCUGUACAAGCAGGCGUUAGAGAUCAGUGAGAAUGCCCAUGGGCCGGUGCAUCCCAGGGUGGCUCAGGAGCUCGAUGCUCUAGCCAUGCUGUAUCAAAAACAAAAUAAGUAUGAGCAAAUAGAACCAUUAAGAAAACGAUCCAUGAAGAUCAGACAAAAGAUUUCUAGACAAAAAGGGAACAUGCAUGGCUUUGCCAUUCUACGUCGUCGGGUCCUGCAGUUGGAAGAGCUUAGCCUUGGGGCCGAGUCUCCAGACACGGCUCGAACACUCAAUGAGCUGGGAGUGCUCUACUACCUUCAGAACAACUUGGAGACAGCAGAAGUCUUCUUUAAACGUUCCCUGGAAAUGAGGGAGCGGACUCUUGGUUGUGACCACCCUGACUGUGCACAGUCCUUGAAUAACCUGGCAGCCUUGUACAAUGAGAAGGAGGAGCAUGAGAAAGCCGAGGAGCUAUAUGAAAAGGCACUGGAGAUUCGCUGUCGGGCCCUGGCACCUGAUCAUCCCUCAGUGGCCUACACCGUCAAACAUCUCGCAGUGUUGUACAAAAAAAGAGGAAAAUUGGAGAAAGCCAUUCCAUUAUGUCAGCUGGCUGUUGAAAUUCGUCAAAAAUCCUUUGGUCCAAAGCACCCAAGUGUGGCAACUGCCCUGGUGAAUCUGGCUGUGCUGUAUUGUCAGUUGAAAAAGCACACAAAAGCUUUACCGCUAUAUGACCGUGCUUUGAAGAUCUAUGAGGACAGCUUGGGUCAUUGUCAUCCUCGAGUGGGAGAAACGCUAAAGAAUUUAGCAUUGCUAAGCUAUGAAGAGGCCAAUUUUGAGAAGGCAGCAGAAUUGUACAAGAGAGCAAUGGACAUCAAAGAAGCUGAGGCCUCGGUGGUUGGUGGAAAAGCUCUGUCACGGCAUUCGUCCAGUGGAGAUGCUUUCAGUUUAAAAAAUGCUUUGGCCUCUAAUCCUUAUCUGGAACUAGGGUUCAGGUGACCUGCAUCCAAAUUGGAUCACAAACUCUUGUGCUGUAGACUCAGUAUUUUUAAAGCUGUCAUGAGUACAGUCCAACUUGAAAUGGAUUUAUUUGAAAGUUUUGAGUGAAGAUUUCCAGGAAUCUGGACUAAUUAUAUUAGUUGUGUUAAAGAAAUGUUUUGGGGGAAAAAGAACUGUGAUCAAGCACUAAUGGUUCUGGCAUGUGGGGGGGGGGG